UCUCCUCUAGGUGCGCCCUGCCAAACCUCUCUCUCUCUCUCUCUUUCCUUUUGUUUGAGAGUUCUUCGUAAUCAGAAAAAAUGAGUUCUUCUACAGUCACCAAAUCCUUCACCGUUUCUUCAAGGCGCAGUGGAGGGGGCAGUGGUGGUAGUACUCGUAAUUACAGUAGUUUUAGCUCUACUGGUGGGGGUGGUCGAGGAUUUGGUGCAAGAUCGGUAAUUGUAGGCGGUGGUAAAGUGUUAGUGUCUGGUGGUGGUGUUGGCUUAGCUGGUAUUGGAUAUGGUGGUGCUGGCUACGGUGGCUACAGAUACGGUGGUGGUGGUGGUGUUAGUAGGUACAGUGUUAGCAGUUAUGGUGGCAGCAGUGCUUUCGGUGCUGGUGGUGGUGGCGCUGCUGGUGGUGCUGGUAGUGCUUUCGGUGCUUUCGGUGCUGGCAGUUUCGGUGGUCCUGGCGGUUUCGGUGGUCCUGGCAUACCGCAAAUCACACAAGUCCAAGUCAACCAAAGCCUGCUGACCCCUGUUCCCAUCGACAUCGACCCCAACAUCCAGACCAUCCGAACCCAGGAGAAGGAGCAGAUCAAAAACCUCAACAACCGCUUUGUCGGCUUCAUUGACCAGGUGCGCUUCCUGGAGCAGCAGAACAAAAUGCUGGAAACCAAGUGGAGCCUGCUGCAGGAUCAGACCACCACCCACUCCAACAUCGAUGCCAUGUUUGAGGCUUACAUCGCCAACCUCCGCAGACAGGUCGACGGGCUCGGCAAUGAGAAGGUGAAGCUUGAGGGAGAGCUGAGGAACAUGCAGGGACUGGUAGAGGACUUCAAGAACAAAUAUGAGGAUGAAAUCAACAAACGUGCUGCUGUGGAGAAUGAGUUUGUGCUUCUUAAGAAGGAUGUUGACGGCGCCUACAUGAACAAGGUUGAGCUGGAAGCCAAGGUUGACGCCCUUCAGGAUGAGAUCAACUUCCUCAGAGCUGUCUAUGAAGCAGAACUGGCUGAGCUCCAGGGACAGAUCAAGGACACUACAGUCAUUGUUGAGAUGAACAACGCCCGUGGCCUGGAAAUGGACCAAAUUGUGGCUGAAGUCAAGGCUCAGUACGAUGAAAUCGCCCAACGCAACCGUGCUGAUGCUGAGUGUUGGUACGAGCAAAAGUUCCAGGAGAUGCAGGCUUCUGCAGGCCAGGCUGGAGAUGAUCUUCGCAACACCAAGACUGAGAUCGCUGAGCUGAACCGUAUGAUCAGCCGCCUCCAGAACGAGAUCGAGGCAGUCAAGGGACAGCGUGCCAAUCUGGAGGCCCAGAUUGCCGAGGCUGAGGAGCGUGGAGAGCUGGCAGUCAAGGACGCUAAGCUACGCAUCAAGGAACUGGAGGAGGCCCUGCAGAGAGCCAAACAGGACAUGGCCCGCCAGGUCCGCGAGUACCAGGAGCUCAUGAACGUCAAGCUGGCUCUGGAUAUUGAGAUCGCCACCUACAAGAAACUGCUGGAGGGAGAGGAGACCAGAAUUGCAACUGGUGGUGUACCAUGCAACAUCAUCGUGCAGCAGACAAGCAGCAGCGUCAGUGCUGGUGGCGGCGGCGGCGGCGGCAUGGGCGGCUAUGGUGGCAGCGGCAUGGGCAGCGGCAUGGGCGGCGGCAUGGGCGGCUAUGGCGGUGGCUUUGGCAGUGGCUUUGGCAGUGGCUUUGGCAGUGGCUAUGGUGGCGGCAUCAUCAGCGGCAGCGGCAUCAGCGGCGGCGGCAUCAGCGGCAGCAACAUCGGUGGAGGUGGCGUUGGCACUGUGUCAUAUUCAAAAACCAGCUCAAGCCGCACCUCCCGCCGUGUGGUUUAACUGAACCAGCAGUUUUUCCUCUCUUCACUCUUCCUUCAUUGCAUUCUCCACCUCUUGCCCUCUUCUCCACUCAUAAGAGCCAAAGUUAACCCCUCCACCUCUGAUCUUACAGCAGACUCAGGAACAUUUUGCAUUCAACCUUUAACAGCUGGCUGAUUAGCGUAAUGACAGCUUUUCUGGCAUUUACCUCCUGUGUUGCUCCUCCUCUUUGGUACCACAGAGAGAGAGAUAACAUCAAAAAAGUAGAGGCAGAGCGAUUAUUACACCAUAAAAAGAACAGCAGAGAUGUGAGUCAGUCCUCUCUUCUUUGGAUCAGUCAGCCUGGCUGUCUUUUAGUUGCUGGAUGUGCUGUCAAGCAGACAAGAGGAUACUUGUAGUGUCACGACAGAAAAUCUUUACAAAGCAACGGUGAUUGCACAAAAAAUGACAACAGCAACUCCAAGAUUUGAGCAGGGAAAAGUAACAUCUGCAGUCAGCAUACACCUGUCCAACCUCUGACCCCUUCCUUUCUUCAAUGUCUCCUCUGUUGUCUCACAUCUGUCAACAUGUUGUGCAUUGUUACAUCAUCAAAAGCAGCCACACUCAUAUUCAUGUUGGGAUCCUCUUUUUCUUCUCCUGUUCUGAGAGAAAAUGGGCUCUCCACUACAGCAUAUCAGCGGUGUCUUCAUCCUGCUUUACUCCACUCUGAAUAAACCAUGGUUAAGGCUGACUGGGAAAAAACAGAUUUAUCUUGAAUUUGUACCACCAAAUGUCUGGAAUAAAUCUGAUUUCACACUAA